UUGAUGCGGCUGCCAAGGCGGCAACGGCAGCGGCAGCAGCUGCCAAUGCUCAACAAGUGGCUGCCGCAGCGCAGGACGAGGGAGGAGCAGCAGCAGCAGCAGGACGCACAAUGACAGGCGCCGCAAAUGGCGACAUUGUCAGCGGAGCUGGCGGAGGACAUGGGCCGCCAUUGCAACAAAUACGCCAGAGCUCGAAGGAUAGUACCGGCUCCUCGGACUCGGACAGCUCCAGCGACGAUGAAUCCCUGCCCAAUGCACCACCCAGUCUGCCCAGCGGCAAUGAGCCGCCGCCGGAGAAGGCACAAAAGGAAACGGAGGCGGGCGCCGAGAUCUCAGCGCUGGUCAACUACGUGCAGCCCAUACACUUCAGCUCCUUUGAGAAUGCGGAGAAGAAGAAUCGCUGCUACGAGAUGUCCUCGUUCGAUGAGAAGCAGGCGACAACUUUGCUCAAGGAGCGACCCAUUGAGUUUGUCAACUACAACAAGCAUCAGCUGUCCCGGGUUUAUCCGGCGGGCACACGUUUCGACAGCUCCAAUUUUAUGCCGCAACUGUUUUGGAAUGCUGGCUGCCAGCUGGUGGCGCUGAACUUCCAGACCCUAGACCUGGCCAUGCAACUGAAUCUGGGCAUCUUCGAGUACAACGCACGCUCGGGAUAUCUGCUGAAGCCGGAGUUUAUGCGACGCUCGGAUCGGCGACUCGAUCCAUUCGCCGAGAGCACCGUGGAUGGCAUCAUUGCCGGCACCGUUUCGAUCACCGUGCUCUCGGGCCAGUUCCUGACCGACAAGCGGGUCAACACUUUUGUCGAGGUGGAUAUGUACGGCCUGCCGGCGGACACGGUGCGCAAGAAGUUCCGCACCAAGACGGUGCGCGACAACGGCAUGAAUCCCGUCUACGAAGAAGAUCCGUUCGUGUUCAAGAAGGUGGUGCUGCCGGAACUGGCCAGCAUACGCAUUGCGGCCUACGAGGAGGGCGGCAAGCUAAUUGGCCAUCGGGUGCUGCCCGUAAUCGGUCUCUGUCCGGGCUAUCGUCAUGUCAAUCUGCGCUCCGAGGUGGGCCAGCCCAUUGCGCUGGCCUCGCUCUUUCUGUGCGUUGUCGUCAAGGACUAUGUGCCCGACGAUCUCUCCAAUUUCGCCGAAGCACUGGCCAAUCCCAUCAAAUACCAGAGUGAGCUGGAGAAGCGCGACAUACAGCUCUCAGUGCUCACUGAUGAAACGGACGCUCUGGCCAAUGCCGACGAGGAUCUGUCCAAGUCAUGUGGCCAAAAGAAGGAGCUGCGCCCGGUGGAAUCGCUAGCCACCUCGCCGAAGCAUCGGGCGAGCAUUUCGAUAAUUGCCGCCACAAGCGUGGAGCUGCCGACGGAUCGCAGCGAUGGAGCACGCAACGAUGACAGCGUCUCCAUUAUGGCAUCGGGCAUACAGCAUCAGCACUCGCUGGACCAGUCGGUCAGCACGUCGAUUAGGCAGGUGGAGUCGUCGCAGUUCGAUGUGGACCCUUUGCUGGCCGAGCCGCUGGACAAGAUACUCGAGCACAAGUCGGUGCGUGAGAAGCGGCUCGAGAUGGAGAAGAAGCUCGAGUCGCUGCGCAAGAAGCACGACAAGGAGAAGCUCAAGAUCGCUGGCCAGAAGCUCAGCCCCCUCGAUGGAGGCAAGAAGCCGAAGUUCACCAUAACCAACAAGCUAGUGAAGCGCCUGAGCAACAGGAGCCUCGAGCCGGGCGUCGAGGUGCCGGCCUGCCCCCUCGACCUGGGCGACAGCAGCGAGGAGAGCGCCGGCGCCGGCGAACUCGGCGACGAGGCCGCCUCCAGCAGCCUGGAUGGCACCCAGGAGUCACGUCUGCGCUACGCCUGCCGCGAGUACACCACACAGUAUCGGGAGCUGCAGGAGAAGUACCACGAGGCCAUCUACACCGCCGCCGAGAAGGUGCUCAAGAACUCGCAGACCAGUCAAAUGAAACAGCUGAAGGCCUCCCUGGACAAGGUCACCGGCGAGGUGAUGCAUCAGCUGCAGGAGGCGCGCCGCAACGAGGUCAAGAAUCUCGCCACAGUGCACAGAGAUCGCGACGAGCUGGUCAGAAUGAAGCGCGAAGUGGCCAGCUCCGUCGUGGAGCGCGGCGUGGCGGAACGCGUGCGCCUUAAGCAGACCUUCGAAAAACGCACGGAUGAACUGCAGAAGCAGCACGAUGCGGUGCGCAAUGCCCUCGCCGAGCAUCGCUCCAAGGCUCGUCAAAUACUCGACAAGGACGCGGAAUCUCGCAGCUGUGUCUCCAAUAACGGCUUCCUGGUGCUCUUCCAUGGACCGCACCAUCAUGGCUGCUCGGCGGGAACAGCUGUUACCAGCGGCUCCGCCCCACUCUCUGGCAAUAAUCUCACACUCAACUUGAACGCUGGUGCAGUGGGCAGCGGGGGGGCUGGCCUGGCCAUAUCGCCAGCCAAGUCGCACAAUAGCAUUACGGCGGAGAUGAAGACGUAAAAUGGGACAGGAUCGAAAGAUAGCACGUGUUAUUAUUCAGUUUUCAGUAUUCGCGGCAGUUGUGUUAGGGAAAGAAAAGCAAAAAAACAAAAACAACAAGAAGUCUUCGUAGCGAUUAGUCUUAUAGAUCUAAAUAACUAUAACUGUAACUGUAAUUAUAACUGUAACUGUAACUGUAACUACGCGAAAAAGGGAAACGCGUUUUCUAACUGAACAAACUAGCUGUAGUACUCGCGGGCAUAUAUGUAUGUACAUAUGCCCAUCUAUUUGAAUAGCACAUGAACUAUAUGUCUAUGUGUAUGUAACUGUAUGUUAACUGUAAUAGUCGGUGUAUUUAUUGUGUAUGUGAAUGACUCAUAUGUUUAUCUAUAGAUGAUAUGCUUACAAUAAUUCUAUUCUAUCUCUAGACCGAACCAUACGGUUUCUUCCUAUUCGAACUACGCUGAAACUCUGAGUGUCUAAACCUUUAAGCAUAAACUAUAUAAUUUAUUUAACAAAAACAAAACCGUAGAUGAAAAACAAAUUUAGAAACAGAUAGAAAUUUAUAACCUCACUUAACAUUGAGGUUAUGUGACGCAGUCAGAGAGAGAGAGAGAGAGUGUGAGAGUCUCUCUCUCUCUCUCGUCUGACCCGACGUCAUGUGCUCCAUUUCUACUAUUUAAUGUGGUUGUGUGUAUUACUUUUUAUAUCAAAUUUACUUUACAUUAAUUAUUUAUAUACAAUAUAUAUAUAUGCAUAUAUUUAAUUUGUUGAAUGCUCUCGCACAAGAAUGUGAAAAGAAUCUCGCGCAUUGUAGAACAUAGUGAAGAAGAAGCACAAGGCUAUGCCAACAUUUUAGUCAAUUUUCCUUUGGUUGGCUUCUUUUUUUUCUAGGCAUUAUACAACUAUUUAUUUAUGCUUGUUUUAGUCACUAAACUUACGAUUUUUUUAAUUUAAUAUCUACUCAAGGUUCUAAUAAAUAUUCGCUGUCGAA